AUGGAGGGGGAUGAGAGCUCUGAUAACUUACGGGGCCUCUACCAGGACCUUUCGGCAUUGUCCAGGUUUGCUCUGCCAAAUGCAGAGAGGCUUGUGGCCGAAUUGGAAGCAACUCUUGAAGACUUUAGGAGGCUUCUAGACAAGCCGUCCAAAAACAACGACAGCAGAAAGACCGUUCUUUCUGGCAAAAUCAAACUCGACGAUGUCGAAUAUGAGGUUAACCUCGAAUUCCAGCAAGAAGUCCUGCAGGUAGCAGAUGCAUUAGAUAUCGAUGAGAUCGAAGCCGCGCGUUACUAUAUACGCGCUCAGUCCGACUCCAAGAAGCUGGAUCGCUCCCCCAUCGUGAGCUCUAUAAUCCGUUUCCACGAGCAGAGAGAAUUCGUCCUAGAAUGUCUACGCCUAGUCCUCCACGAGUCGUUCGAGGUGGAGCGAGAAGAAACUCAGCUUCUUAUGAAAGAAUACGUGGCAUCUGUGCUUGAGAUCCAGAAUGGCCCUUUGCGGAAUGGCUCGCUUUUCGCAAGAAAGUGCAUGGAUGCCAUGACGGACAUUGAAAAGUGGCUGGUCCUUUUGGGAGAACAAAUACAAAAGGCAUCAAUCGUUGGACAGUCACAAGAGGCAGAUAUUCUUGAGGUUAUUGAAUAUCAACGGCAAAGUCUUGGGAAACAACAUGAAUCCCUAGGGGCUAUCGUAUGUUAUCUAUUUAAGGGGACCUACACAAGCUCAGAAGAUUUCCGAAAAUUGCUUGAAAAGACAAAAAAGGUCGACAAAUUCGACAUGCUUCUAGUCCAUUAUAUCCCAUCGAUCAUAGCGGCGACCUCGCAGUAUGGCUCGUCGGAAGGCCAGGGGAUUGAUGAUGCGAGAUCCCUGCACAAAGUGAUUGCUGAAUCCAAGGACUCUCGAGGUUGGAUACUUCCUCAAUUCCAUGCUGCGACCAUAGUCUUUUGGCUGGCUGAGUAUAGUGGCUGGUACUUUGAUAGUGGGGCCGCUGCUCACUUGCAGGGUAUAAACUCCGCAGAUGAGUCUGCAAAGUUGUCGAAGGCUCUUCUCACUGCCCUCGAGGAUGCUGGUUUCCAUUUCAUACUUAGCAUUUGUGCUGGAGUUGGACUAGACGAAUGGAAGAACACAGAAAGAAAUGAGUUGGUCUCCCUGCUACUAAAAGAUGGAAUUCGCCUUACUCUUGAACCCGAUUCUCCCUCGCCAUAUUUCCAUUCUAUUCUCAUGGAGAGCAUCGAAGGUUUUACCGAAUCGCUGAUCGCAAACAUGCCCGAUGCGAUUCGAAUGCUGAAAUCAGAGGAAGACAUGCAGCGGUUAGAUCAAAUUACUGCUCUUAGAGACACAGUUUCCCCAAAUCUCCACCGAGGACCUGUCGAAGUUCGUAUGCAUUUGGAAUGCUUGCUCGCGAUUAUUGCAUUUUCCUUUGAUCGCAGAAAUGAUGCAGCCCAGGAGUUCUGGUUAGACCCUGACGGCAACUUGUACGGGUUUCUCCAAUGGGUCUCGAAACGACAAACUGUACCCCGUGCUAGUGCGUUCUGUGAAAUGUUAUGCUCAAUUUCAGGCGGCGAAGAGAACUCAUCUUCGGCACACAAGUUUCUUAUUGACGAAGAUGCCUUGUCCUCUACAAAAUUCCGAAGAUCUGCUUCCAUGAGCUGGACUCAAAUGUUCGCCGAGAUUCAACUAUAUGCAGUGAGAAUAACAGAGCGGCCAUCCACAUCGCAGUCUUCAACCCUACGCCUACGCAAACUGGAAGUGCCAGAUAUCGAGGAGCCUGAAAGUCCAAUCAUGCUAACUAGCUACCUUCGUCUCAUUAGCCAUCUUUGCAGAGAGAAUAGUAAGAUACGAGACUGGAUUUUACAACAUCAGACCGCCAACUUGAUCCCGAUGUUGCUUACAUUAUGCGGCGCGCCCAUUCCACAACAUCUAAGAGCAGCUAUUUUUGUUACUUUACGAUGCUUAAUGAUAGACCGGACAAUGGCCCACUCAAAUGAAAUGUGGACUUCACUUGACAAUUGCAUUUCUGGGUCUGGCUCCCUUCCGUUAGCACUUUCUCGAUUGCCUCCUCUCUCUAGCCCACCAGUACGAAAGGAACGACAUGCUUUCCAACGUAUCACAGAGAGCUUUGACCAGAUGAAUGCAUUUGUUGAGAUGCUAAAUAACUUGGUUACCCCGGUAUCUGACGCGCUAGAUUCCCAAUUAUCCCUACCAUUCCCGGAAUCUCUAGGUUCCUCAUACCGAAUGCCUGGUAUUGAGCCGUAUAUCGAUUACGUGAUGAGCCAGGCUUUUGCAAACAGGACUUCCAUGUCUGAAGAUAAGGAAUCACAUCUCCUCCAGUGGAAUUGCAUGAACUUUGCAGCUACUUGUCUGGAGUCCUUUAACGAAAACCUUGUGAGCAUCGUCAGCCAGCCAUCGAUAUCCGCCCAGCCGAACUGGAAGGUGACAUUUUCUGCAUAUCUUCGCUUACACCCAUUCUCACGAGUGAUGGAGUGGCUUUUUAACGAGGAUGUACUCAGGGUACUUUUUUCAUGUUCUCAUAAAGAUGCGGAUGGGGUUGCUAAAGCUUCUUCCGAUUCUAUUUUGGUGUCUAGCUUGGUUCGGAGCAUUAACGUUAUGAAUCUGAUCCUCGAUCAUCAGCCUACCUAUUUUAACAUUGUUCGGCCGACGAUCAAGAAUUCUGGACAAGACUCAUCCUUCAACAUUGCCAAUUCUACCCUUGCAUCCUUCGAAGAUUGUGUCAUCGAUAACCUAGGAUUAAUAUCUGACCUAUGCCUCUAUUGCGGAACUGGACAUCCACAACUGACUCUAACGUCAUUGGCGCUUUUGGAAAAGUUAUCUGCUUCCCGCAAGCUGAACAAGUCUUCCACUAUUACUUCCCGAUGGCAGGCUACUAACCAGAUGGUUGAACAAUUGAACUCAAAUGUAGAGGCGGACCGUGUGGCUCGAUCACUAGCCUCUCAAAUGGAUGUGGAUGUACGAGAAUUAGAGAGCGGUCCGGACUCCUCAGGUUACCUCAUUAAGAUGGGAUUGCUUCAACUAUUAGACAAGUGCCUCAAGAUGUCGCCCGAUAAACCAACUAUCGCCCAUCUCCUCCUCGGUUUCUCCUGCCUUGGAAAUUCUCUCGAUAUUUCGCCAGACAGCUUAUUUGAAGGCGGAAUUUCCCUGCUACACUCUAUACUCGAAUUCGUCAAAUCUUAUCCUCUCGAGGUAGAUGGGGCGAUCGUUUCUUGGAUGAUACACCUUAGGCGCCUAGGAUUUCAAGUUCUAUUAAACCUAUGGGCGUCACCUCUCUCGUCCAAUCUUACUUUACCUCAUCUUCGCGCUGGUCAACUCUUGCCAGUACUCUUCAUCUCCCAGCCAAUUGUUACUGCUGACACAUUAUGGGAUAGCUUCAGAACACACGAGCCUGAUUUCUGGCUAUCAUCUUCACCCACCUCGCUAUCUGAGUUGUUGGUACUCCGCACUUUACUCUAUGAAUACGCAACGACAGAAAUACGAGCGGUAUACAAACAAAGUUCACCUUCUCUCCAGAGGGAUACCUUACGGACAAUUUUAGGCAGCACGGUUGCUGAGGGUGACCAAACCAUCGAACAUCCAUCCUUGUUUGAUUUGUUUGACUUUGCGGACAUUGAUAUCGAUUUCUCCUACGCAUGGCCUGAGCUGCAAUUCUUCAAGAAUAUCGACGUUGAACAUUGUGUGAAAACCCAAGAAGAUGGGGCAGUUUCUCUGUAUGAUCUCGAGGCCCUCCAAGAGCUGCUUCAACUCGUCAAAGAAGACCUUGUUGCAGCAGGUGUAGUAACACCACAAAACGAGGAACAAGUUAUGGCUGAAAAGGAGAAGCUUUUGCUGUUUCUGCGCGCCAUCAACGAAUUCCGCUAUGUUCGCUUCAAUCGCUUCGUCGCGUUAAAGGCCUGGACAGAACUCGUGACAAUUAUUUCCGUUACAUGCAAAAUGGACCCAACAUACCUGGCUUCAUUUAUCCAGCAAAUACUGCAGCUCAUACUUCCCAAAUUCGAGUCGUCUAUUGUUGGAAAUUCAGCUGAGGCCAUAGAGCUGGCACAUCUUGGAGAGACCCUCAUUGAUGGCCUUGAUAAGAUUCCUACCAGUACGAACGGUGAUGUGAUCGAUGAGCGUCUGGACUAUCUAUUCCAAGUGUGUAUAAGCGGCAUACCACAGACAUCCGACAAUAUCGUCCUGAGAGAGAGUCUUUAUCAGAUCUGCUCGAAACACCUCGCCCGGAUCACGGCAUCAAAUUCGAUGCGUGAUAGGUUCAAGGAGCACGCUCACGGCGCGGUCAAGGUAGCAGGGCCUGCACUUAUGGAGACGAUUUGCGACGAUGCAUAUGGCGGUAGUGAGACCUGUAGAGUCUCUGCUUUGGUCCUCCUAAACCUUUUGGGAGCCCUGGACCAACAGCAGAAUUCCUCUCUCCUUGUCAAUUUAAUUACUCACUCCAACUAUCUCGGAAUGUUCCUCGACGUGCUAAGAGUAAUGCCUUCAGAAUUUCGAAACGCCAAAGCCGCAGAUACGGCACAGUUACUCCUGUUCUAUGAAUCACAGUUGUCACUUCUACAGCAGCUUUCACAAACAAAGGCUGGUGCAGCCCAGCUCUUGGACGCCGGCCUGUUCCAAGCGGUAAAAGAGUCACAGCUGUUUUCUGCUGACCCAGACAUAGGCAUUGAUAUCGAUAACAACGACGCACUCCAACGAUACUAUGAUCUACUUCUCUCAGUUCUCCAAGUGAUCGUUUCCACAAUCUUUGCCCGAGGGUUACAUAACCAGUCCAUCCGCGAUCAGACGAGGACGUUCCUUUCAGAAAAUAGGCAAAGCAUGGUCGGUAUAUUCAAGCGAUGCGCGAAGAGCGGGAGUUCAGACGAUCCCAGCAUGAAAAAGUGCCUGGAUAACCUGGCCAAGUCGUAUACUGCAUUGAUCGCGUCAGUCGACUUUCUCGAUUACGAAGAUAGCCAGUCGACCUUCACAUCGAAGCCAAAAUUCUUUUCCUAA